GUUAAUGGUCUCAACCCUGAUAUAGUGCGCACUAUUCCAGAAAGGUUAAAGCGCUUGAAUUUAAAAAAAAUUCAAGUGGUUGAAAAACCGCUUUCUCUUUCGCAUCGUAACAUGAUUUCAGGUGAACAGUUAAUGGAUGAACAGAAUCUUCUGCUUAAAACUGUCGAAGCCUACAGAGUAAUAAUGAAGGUGGCAAUAGGGUGCACUGAUGAGGAAUAUGAUAAAUUAAAAAGUGAUAUAACCGCAGAAGUAAAAACUAUAGAUAUGUAUAUAAUGUGCAUAAAAACUUUUGGGCAAAAAUAA